AUGGAUCCUGGACUUCGUGUUGACGUGCAUGAAUUAAAGCUGUCGCCAUCGGAAGGAAUGGAAAACACAGUCAUGUUGGCGUUUAAAACCAUUACCCAAGAGAUCCACCAAGAUCCGGCCACCGGAAUCCAAACCCUUGUCGACUCCAUCCUGGAUCCGUCGCCCCGUAUCAUCCACUUUAGCAUCGAUAGCACCAGUCACAGUCACAUCUGCGAUCAUCUCCAUCGCCUCAAGAAUUGUCGUUCUUUAAGUGAAUCCUUAGCCCCGCUCAUUGCUUCGGCUGCAAACGACUCAGGUUUUGGGAUUAAUGGCUUCGUCCUUAUGCUUGUUCUUACUCGAACACUCCCAAGAGAAUCGCCUGUGCUUCAGAGGCUUGUUUGUCAAGGAACAAUCGAUGGUGACGAGGAGCUUGAGAAAUUGAAUAUGGAAACGGAACCGUGUUCUAUCUGUCUGGGGAGUCUCGCCCGUUGGAAGACUAGUGUUGUUCCCACACGCAUGCCGUGUUCGCAUGUCUUCCACGAUCGCUGUCUCUUGAAGUGGAUUUCGAAUCGAUUCAAAUUUCAAGGAGAAGAUUUGGAAUAG